CCUAACGGCGCCAAGCGAUCCCAGCGCCUCGUAACUACGGGGGCGAUAUGCACCCACACCAUGGACUCGACCGGUAGCCAAGAUAGCGGCCGUGGUCCAUCUCGCAGAUCAGGCAAGAAGCCCAUGCAGUUCAUGUUCAUCGACUCCACCAGCCAUGGGGUCAACGCGAAGCCAGACAAGGCCGUCCGCAGUUUUGUUAUGAAGUCGGCGAGAAGCAAAAAGCCCUGGAGUACACGACAGAAAAGCCCCAAAACGGAUGCGGAUCCAGAUGCUGACUCGCCGCCCCUCGACAAACCAAACACCCCAACACUCCACAUCCAGCCUGGCUAUAUAUCUCCUGGCAACUCGGCAUACUCGUCCGAUUCCACCGCUCCAAGCCCUGGCCCCUUGUCAGCCCAGUCUUAUUACUCUCCCGUCGACAUCAGCCGCCAUGCCAGCUUCUCCUACGCUGCUGCUUCAAGUUUCAACCCUUCUCAGCCCUAUACCAACUCUCCUGCCAGCCCCCGCCUUGUGUGCAACAUCUCCCAUUGCACUGGCGAAUACUGUGGGCACAUUCACGACGAUCCUUAUACAGCCUUGACUACUCGAACCAACCUCACUCUGAAAUCCGCAAACACCUUUGAUUGCUUCCCUAUCCCGACCAAUGAAAGGGUCAGAGGCCUGAUCGACAACUUCGUCAAAACAUUUGCUGGCGGUCUAAUCCCAUUGGACCACCGUCAAGUCUCCAAAGCAUCUACCACAAAAUGGAUAUCAAACUCAAUGCUGAGCCACACGGGGGCUCCUUUCAUCUUCGCAGUGCUCUAUUCUAGCGUUCUCACCUCUCUGGCCAAACCCGAUGAAAUUCUCCUGUACAAGACAAGAGCCGUAGGAGCAAUCAACGCGCAGCUCAAAGAUCUGACUUCGCGAGUGGAUGACAACAACAUAGCAGCCGUCUUCAUGCUGCUCACUCUUGAGGAAAUGACUGUUGUCGAUGACAAAAACCAGUCAACUGUGGAUCAAAGCAAGAAGGAACGAGAUGUACACCGCGAUGGUCUAAAGGAAAUGAUACAGCAAAGAGGAGGCCUUGCGUCACUCGCGUCUAAUCCGAACCUACAAAUUUUCAUUCUCAUGCAUAGCAUGGCUCAUGCAGUAUCAACCUUUGAAAGACCAUAUGCCACUCUUGUGGAUACUAACGGCCAACCCAUUCCAUAUGACAUGCCCUCCUUUCGAUCUCGACCUUACUCGACGCGGAAUCAUAGACUUUUCCAGAUGCUCCACCUUGAUUCAAAUCUCCUAGAGAUAAUCGCCAAUGUAAUCGUAUUUGUGGGCGACUUGAGCGUCUGGUUCGACGAUCCGAGGACUCCUUUAAAUCCAUUCGAGCUGCAAAAGAACAACUUGCUACUCGUGUACCAACUGUUCGACUGGUACAAGUUGGGAGAAGAGCACGCAGACAUUACAAGAUCGCCUGUGGACCAAAGUAUCUGCUUGUCACUGAUCAUUUUCCUCAUUGCGUUACAGGAAGUUCGCAGUUAUCACAUGAUGGUGCAAAUAGCGGCGCAAAAACUCAAGUCAGCCUUGGAAAAAUGUGUGUUUCAGUGGGGCCAAUCGACCGAUGUGCUCAUGUGGGCAUUGACUCUGGGGGCGAUGGCCACUCAAGGGACAGAAUCGUUUGCAUUUUUCAAACAUCAUUGUAGGAUUGUUUACGCGAACCAAGGCAUCCAUGAGCUCACCACAACUCAUGAGCUGCUCGAUCGAAUGAGGCAGUGCUUAUGGAUCGGCGGUAACGCAGUGGGUGGAGAAGUCUCAUACAAUCUAGACGAAGAACUGAGAAAGCUCUGGAUUCUCUUGGGCUACACGAAGGAAGAGAUUGCGGAGACUGUAGAGGAUCAAGUCUACAGCCCCGAUUCUCUUGACAAUGAAGACGUUGUUGGAGGUUUGACAAUCGAGAGAUUUUACCGGAAGAGCGAAGCCCGGUGA